CCCGUGCGGUCGAAGGCGCCAAUUGGUACUCGUGUAACUGCGAGGCCGCUCCUCUAGCUGACCAAUGAGAAGUCGUCUUGGUUCUCAUCCGGGUUGUGGAUGGUGGCAAGCAUGGCACCACCGGUGAGGUACUGCAUCCCCGGCGAACGUCUGUGUAACUUGGAGGAAGGCAGCCCCGGCAGCGGCACCUACACCCGGCAUGGCUACAUCUUUUCGUCGCUGGCUGGCUGCCUGAUGAAGACCAGCGAGAAUGGCGCGGUAAAGGAAGCGGCUACCCAGCGCGCGUUCCCUCUCCGGGUUCCCGUGGUGUCAGUGAUGAGAGAAACAGAGUCCCAGUUGCUUCCAGAUGUGGGAGCUGUCGUCACCUGUAAGGUCUCUAGCAUCAACUCACGGUUUGCCAAAGUACACAUCCUGUAUGUGGGAUCCACACCACUCAAAAAUGCUUUUCGAGGAACUAUCCGCAAAGAAGAUAUCCGAGCAACUGAAAAAGACAAGGUAGAAAUUUACAAGAGUUUUCGGCCAGGUGACAUAGUUUUGGCCAAAGUUAUCUCCCUAGGCGAUGCACAGUCCAAUUACCUGCUGACUACUGCUGAAAACGAGCUGGGCGUUGUGGUGGCCCACAGUGAGUCAGGUGUUCAGAUGGUUCCCAUCAGCUGGUGUGAGAUGCAGUGCCCCAAGACCCACACUAAAGAAUUCCGAAAAGUGGCCCGAGUACAGCCCGAGUUCCUACAGACCUAAGCCCACCUACCCCAAAGAGGACUUCAGCACUUCAGCUACUUCUAAAAGUACACAUAUAAAAAAACCAUCAAGAUGCAAUGGUCUUUAUUAAGGUACCUGCGGUCAGCUGGCAACCAUCUCUUGAAACAAUGUGCCGGAAAUGUAUUCAUGCUGUAAUGACACCCAAGGCCCCUGCCGCUGCUGAGACAGGGAGAUUGUUAGUGCCCAAGUUUGAGGCCAGCCUGGGCUACAUAUUAAGACUCUUUCAACCAAAAGACAAAAAAGAAAAUGUACACUAUCUAAAACACUAUUUUUGGGAAACUAAUUUUUAUACUCUGGGCUCAUGAAUCUCAUUUAAAGGCACUCAACAAACAAAAUCAUGUAAUAUUGAAAAUACCUUAUGCCUUCUUUAUAAAUAUGUACAUAUGUAUUUUGCUAUGACUGGAAAAAAUUCUUUUCAUUUGUUAGUGAUAUAGUCUCUCUCUCUCUUCCUCUCUCUCUCUCUCUCUCUCUCUGUGUGUUUUGAUACCAGGUUCACUUUUUUGUGUGAAUGCUUGAGAUUUUCACUCAGCUGCUCAUGACUGGGUAUUGAUUUCCUUUACCCUUAAGCCAUCUCCACAGCCCAUGCUGUCACUAUUGGGUGAACUUGCAGUGAUAUUUCUGACUCCAUCUCCCCAAUGCAGGGAUUACAAGCAUGGCUAACAUGUCUUCUGUUGUCUUUAGCAGAGAGAAGAAUCUAAGUAGUAGCGUGACUUUUGGAUCAGGUGUAUUUACCUAGUGGCCCUCAUUAACUAUGCCCAUCACCAACCCAUCCUUUUGUGUUUUAUCUGAUGUGUGCCUGCUUCCCUCUAUGUGAGUCGUUGUGUAGCGUCUCUGGAGGCCAGAAGAUGGCAUUGGAUCCCCGGAACUGGAGUCACAAGUUGUGAGCUCCAACUACUCUCAGCCACUGGUCUCAGCCACUCUUUUGUUUUGUUUCUUGAGACAAGGUCUGAGUACUACAUAAUAAACCUCUCACUAACAUGCA